CCUAUCUCUAGAAUCUCUAUUAACAAUAAAACUGUACCAGAAGUACUUAGUGAAUCGAACUUUCGUUUUACUGUCUGUACACUUGCUAAACAGCAUGUAUUACCUUUUCCUAUUAGUACACAUGUAUCCAGCAGUAUCUUUGAACUAAUUCAUGUUGACAUAUGGGGACCUUUUCACUAUCCUUCUAUUGAUGGUUCCAAGUACUUUGUUACUAUUGUAGAUGAUUAUAGUAGGACUACAUGGACAUUCCUCAUUAACAACAAAUCUCAAACCAAGAACAUCAUCGCAUCCUUCUAUAAUCUGAUCCUCACACAAUUCAACACCAAAAUAAGAAAGAUUAGAUCAGAUAAUGGACCAAAAUUCCAUUUGGCAGACUUUUACCAAUCCAAAGGCAUCAUUCACCAACUCAGUUGUGUUGAAACCCCACAGCAAAAUGGGGUGGUUGAACGAAAACACCAACAUCUUCUUAAUGUAGCCAGAUCUUUGAUGUUUCAAGCCAAUCUUCCAAAUCAGUUUUGGGGUGACUCCAUUCUCACAGCCACGUACCUUAUAAACAGAAUCCCUUCAUCCAAACUCUCUGAAAAGACACCUUACGAGCUUCUCCUUAACACAAAACCAUCAUAUUCCCACUUAAGAGUAUUUGGAUGCUUAUGCUAUGCAUCUACGCUUAGAAGAAACAGGUCAAAAUUUGACCCUAGAGCUGAUGCAUGUUUUUUUCUUGGCUACCCCAAUGGAAUGAAACGUUAUAAACUCUUCAACCUAACCACUCAAAAAUACAUCAUCUCAAGGAAUGUGGUCUUUCAUGAAUUUGUCUUUCCUUUUCAAGGCAUACCACCUCAAAUUACCACCACCAAAAUUCACUCGCUUCUCUUUCUAGAUAACAAUACUUCAUCUCAUUAUUCUCCCGCACCUGCAAGAUCAAACUUUUCUCCUUCUCCAGCUCUCACUUUAGAUUCUUCACCUGCACGCUCACCAACAUUAUCUCCAAUGAGUUCUACAUUACCAUCACAUCCUACUUCUCUUCAUCACUCCACCAACCUGCCUCCGCUUCAAGUUAGAAGAUCAGCAAGGAUUCAUAGACCACCUUCAUACCUUGAACAAUAUCACUACAAUUUGGCCAAAUGCAAUGAUUCCCAAAUCCAAUCUGAUUCCAAGAUGAUUGUCACACCUGAAACAGGUAAGCAAUAUGACAUUUCAGCAUAUGUUGGUUAUGACCAUUUGUCAUCUGCUCACAAGGCUUAUGUAUUGCCCAUAUCAUCAUCUUAUGAGCCUACAUCCUAUCAUCAAGCCUCCAAGUGUCCAGAUUGGUGUACAGCAAUGGAUGCCGAGCUCCAAGCCUUGGUUGCUAACAAUACUUGGACUCUAACAACUUUGCCCCCACACAAGACCCUUGUUGACUGUAAAUGGGUCUAUAAAAUUAAAUACAAGGCACAUGGUAGUGAAGAAAGAAAGAAAGCACGACUUGUUGCCAAAGGCUUUAUACAACAAGCCGGGUUGGACUAUCAAGAUACUUUCUCUCCUGUGGCUAAGUUGGUCACAGUUAAAGCACUUUUAGCAGUAGCUUCAACACAGCAAUGGUAUCUGUUCCAACUUGAUGUGAAUAAUGCUUUUCUUCAUGAAGAUUUGGAAGAGGAGGUGUAUAUGCGCAUGCUUCCAGGGUAUGAGCAGCAGGGGGCAAAUGGUGUUAAACUUGUAUGCAAGCUCAAUAAGUCCAUUUAUGACCUUAAACAAGCCUCAAGGCAAUGGUUCAACAAACUAUCCAGUUUCAUCGUCUCUCAAGAUUUUGCUCAAUCAUAGUCAGAUAACUCAUUGUUUACCAAAAUCAAUGGUUGCCCAUCUACCAUCUUACGAGUCUAUGUUGAUGACAUCAUCAUUGCUGGAAAUGAUUUGAUGUACAUUGAUCAGUUUAAGAAGGUUUUGGACCAACAGUUUAAGCUAAAGGACCUUGGAACUUUGAAGUAUUUCUUAGGUCUUGAAGUGGCUAGAAAUAACACUGGGAUCUCCAUUUGCCAAAGGAAAUAUGCUUUGGAAGUUUUGGAAGAUGUGGGAUAUUUGGGUGCUAAACCCGCCAAAAUACCUUUGCAGCAAAAUUUGAAACUUUCUAAAUCAGAUGGUGACUUGAUCACUGAUCCCAACACCUACAGAAGACUUGUAGGCAGAUUACUUUACCUUACCAUCACCAGACCAGAUCUCACUUAUCCGGUUCAGAUCCUCAGUCAAUUUGUUGACUCACCUAGACAACCACAUCUUAAUGCAGCCUUACAUGUACUAAGAUAUCUUAAGGGGACUGUAGGACAAGGUCUGUUCUUUGAAAAGGAUUCAGAGGUGCAACUUAAAGGGUUCUGUGAUGCAAACUGCGCUGCAUGCUCAGAUACCCGAAGGUCCAUCAUGGGGUAUUGUAUAUUUUUGGGAAAUUCAUUAAUUUUAUGGCGAUCAAAGAAGCAAAGCACCGUGUCCAGGUCCUUUGCAGAAGCUGAAUACUGAGCUAUGGCUUUAGUAGUAUGCGAAUUAACAUGGCUGCAAUACAUACUUGCUGAUUUGGGGAUUAAACACAAGGAUCUAGCAUUAUUAUUCCGUGACAAUCAAGCAGCCAUACAUAUUGCAGCAAAUCAGGUUUAUCAUGAAAGAACAAAACAUAUCGAACUGGAUUGUCACGUGGUCAGAGAGAAAAUACAAGAGGGUGCUGACUUUGUUACUGUUGGAUCUUCCUGGACUUCUGUUUUUCUCUACAUACACACUUCUUGUCCUUUUUUGGGCUGAGAUAUAUCACCAGUCUUGUGAAUGUAGUCAUGUCGCACGAGCUAUCUCCAACUCACUCAUCCUUAUUAUUGGGCAGGCUAGAAGUUUACCAACAGAUAAACUUAGAAUUUGGUACUUUUCAAUCAAUGGUGGAAUAUACUUCAUACAAGUCUGUAUCUGGGUAUACCUCUGGAUAGAUGACAACAGUGCUGUGGAAUUUCUUGGCAAGAUAUUGAUUGCAGUGGUAUCAUUCAUAGCUGCAUUAGGUUUCUUGCUGUAUGGCGGAAGGUUAUUUUUAAUGCUGAGACGCUUUCCCAUUGAGUCCAAAGGAAGGAGAAAGAAGCUUCACGAGGUCGGAUCUGUGACAGCUAUAUGCUUCAUUUGUUUCCUAAUAAGGUGCUUUGUGGUUGAGCUAUCUGCUUUUGAUUCAGACGCAUCACUAGAUGUAUUGGACCAUCCAGUUCUGAAUUUAAUCUAUUACACGUUGGAUGAGAUUCUCCCUUCAGCUCUUGUGUUGUACAUCUUGCGUAAGCUGCCUCAAAAAAAAGUAUCAGCCCAGUACCACCAGAUCCAUUAGUAGGGCAAGCAUUGUUGGUUGAGUUACUAUUUUCUUGGUUCCCACGGUUCUAGUGUUGGAAGUUUAGUAGAAUCGAGCCGAAAAAGGAAAAGAAAGAAGCAAAAGCCUGGAAAACUAUCCUUGUGUAUUAUAUUUUUGUGGGAGUGGUGUCUACAACUAGGUUUUGAUUUAUUGAACUCAAGAUACUGCAUGUUAAUGACAAUUAGAAAAUGUAAAAAUAAGGAGGAGAUGAAAUGAAGCGUGGUAUGUGAUUGUAAAUCUCCUUAAAAUAGAAUUCGUCUCUGCACUGAUGUUAAUAGGAUCAAAUGAAUGCAUGUCUUUCAUGAUGCAA